AUGGCUCGUCCUUCCGAGUUGAGAAAGCGGACGCGCAGCAUCAUCGAAGAUGUCAUACCAAGUUCUCCCAGCAAAAGACUUCGUCGAUGCCGCCUGGCGUCCGUCUCCUUCAACGAUGAGAACCAGGAUCCCGACUAUAUUGUCGACGAGAAUGAUGACGACAACGACAGCGAAGGCGAGGAGGUGUUAAAGGAGCCAUCACCACGCAAGUUCAAGCGGAGCGUGUCACAAACCUCAUUAAAAUCCAAUCCUGUCACGCCCUCCGCUCCUCGACAUCGAGAUGUACUCGGCUCUUAUCCUAGUACACCGCGGCACGCGGUCAUGUCCGCUGGCAAGCUCUUCAAACGACUGACUCCCCAGUCACCUCUUACACCCACCACAAUCCAGACCGUCUAUCACCAAGCUCGACAGCUGUUUGCCAGAGGAGCAGAACCCGGUCAGUUGGUUGGGAGGGAAGCAGAGCGAGAGCAACUGACGACUUUCCUGGAUCGCGUAUCGACUUCAUCUCCUGGAGGAUGCAUGUACAUCAGUGGUCCGCCAGGCACUGGAAAGAGUGCCAUGAUCACCAACAUAGCCAAGACCUAUUCUGAGCAGGAAGGAGUUCGCAGCGCAUAUGUCAACUGCAUGAGCAUCAAGUCAUCAAAAGAUUUAUAUCACACACUUCUAGCCGCCCUCGGUGAAGACGGCAGCGAUCUAUCAGAGGCUGAAGCCAUCGCAUCGCUACAGAAAAUGUUCUUUUCCAAGGCCAAAUCAUCUGCCACAUAUCUCGUCACCUUGGAUGAAAUUGAUCACAUUCUCACGCUGGAUCUGGAGAGCCUUUAUCGUUUAUUCGAGUGGUCGCUGGCAAAGUCUUCAAAGCUGUUGUUGCUUGGAAUUGCAAACGCUUUGGAUCUUACCGACCGCUUCUUACCGCGCCUCAAGUCGAAGAAUCUUAAGCCUGAGCUACUCCCUUUCCUGCCAUAUACUGCCGCUCAGGUCAAAAAUAUCAUCAUUACCCGGCUGAAAUCCUUGAUGCCCGAAGGAAAAGAGAGCUUUGUUCCCUUCAUUCACCCUGCCGCUAUCGAACUCUGUUCCCGCAAAGUUUCAAGCCAGACUGGAGACCUGCGCCGAGCAUUUGAGAUCUGCCGCCGAGCCCUGGAUCUGGUAGAGGCAGAGACCCGGUCAAAGCACGAGGAAGAAGCACGACAGAAGUUCUUGCAGUUGACACCUACCAAGAAGCCCCUUGGAGAGAACAUCAACGGCAACUCGGCCGGUGGAUCUACUCGCAGCGUCUUUCAGAUCACCACAGCAUCAUUAAAGGCUUUGACAGCGGAGACGGCUCCACGAGCAUCGAUUGGACAUUUGAACAAAGUGACGGCUGCUGCCUUUAGCAACGGAACAACUCAGCGUCUCAAGGCCCUCAAUCUCCAGCAAAAGGCUGCCUUGUGUUCCUUGGUAGCCUACGAGAAUCACAUUCGAACAAUGGCCAAAGGGGCUAGCGCGCCUCUCACCCCAAGCAAAUCACAGACAAUGGCACCUACUAUCAAGUUGCUUUUUGAUAAGUACUGCAAGCUGUGUCUGCGCGACUCUGUGCUUCACCCGUUGUCGAGCUCCGAGUUCCGAGAGGUGGUGGGCAGUCUUGAGACACUAGGCCUUGUUAACGCAGUGGAAGGAAAGACGGGCAGCUUCAUCAUGCCACAGACACCUAGCAAGCGAGGUCGAAAAGUGGCAGCGGCCAGUGGUGAUGAAAAACGAAUUGCUAGCUGCGUUGGCGAUAAGGAGAUGGAGUCGAUCGCCGAUGGCGUUGGCGCUGAUAUUUUGCGAACAAUUUUGUCAGGCGAGGCGUUGGAUUAA